AUGUCUGGAAAAAAGAAAGCACAAAAGAUGUCGUUGUCCGACUUUUUGGCGGACGACAACGGUGGCGCAUCCUGGGCUGACGAAAUGGCCAGCUUGCCUUCUGCUCCAGUCAAGGAGGAAGCGGAUGGUGGUUUCGGCUCUCCCCGUGGCGAUCGUUUCGCCCGCGACCGUGGUUUUGACCUUCCCCGAGGCCCUGCUGGAGGCGACGGUGGUUUCGAGCGACGCGACCGAUUCUCGGCUCCUCGCCCUGACCGUUUUGCUCCUCGUGCCCCGGUUGAAUUGCCCACCGAGCCUCCAUUCACAGCCCACAUUGCCAACUUGUCGUUUGAAGCCAACGAGGAUGACUUGGCUGACUUUUUCGGUCAGAUGAAGAUUGCAAGCAUCCGUAUCCUGCGUGACCGUGAAGAGCGAUCCAAGGGCUUUGGUUACGUUGAGUUUGAGGACUUGGAUUCGCUCAAGGGAGCUUUGGAAUUGACAGGCGAGUCCCUGCAAGGCCGUACAAUCCGCGUCAAUGUUGCUGAACCCCCCAAGGACCGCCCUGAACGUGCCCCUCGUCAGCCCGAUCGUACGGAUGUGAACACCUGGCGCCGUGAGACUCCAGUCGAGUUGCCCGAACGACGCGGUGGAUUCCGUGGUGGUCGUGGCGGUGGCAGCAGCGGCGGCGGUUUCCAAGACCGUCGCGGUGGAGACAACUCAUGGAGCGGUGGAGCGUUUGCCAGACGAGACGACCGCUUUGGCAGCCGGGAUGCACCUGCAGAACGCCCACGCUUGAACUUGAAGCCUCGCAGCACAGACGCCCCUGCCUCUUCGUCUGCUGCCAGCAGCAACAACAAGCCUAGUCCGUUUGGAGCAGCCAAGCCUGUGGACACGGACUCUGCACUGAAGAAGAUCGAGGACAAGCUGACCAAGACGACGUUGGAAGAAGACAAAAAGUCAGAGAGCGGACAGGAGCCGUAG